CCGACUAUGCUAGAGAACCGGACAAAACCCGAUUGCUUUCAAACCGGUAGGGUUAACCCGAAACGCAUCCAACCGUUCAUUCCUUUUCUCAUCUUUCUCCAUCUUCAUCAAAUCCUUCAUCUCUUUAUUUCACCUAACCCCCAGACAAUUCCGGCCACCGGAGCUGAUUUCUCCCGGUUUUCCGACCGGUGACCCGUCGUUCAUUCAUCUUCUCUCCGGUUUCCGUUCCAUCUCUCAUCGAUUCCCUUUUUCUUGUGUUUCCGUGACGCCAUGACUAUUUCCGAAGACGAGGACGAAACCUUAGCUCACUUUCUCGAAUCGGAGGUUCUCUCCGAAACCUCUGACCAGGAGGAGGAGAAUCCGGAGGAGCCUGAACCAAAGAGAAAGAGGGUAGAGGAGGCUGAGAGUUCUAAGGAAGGUGCCAAACAAAGUUUAAGUUCAAAUUCAUUGUUGGAGUCGAAGAAUUACAGCGUGAAUAAUGUAGUGGUGCCGAAGAGGAUUGAGACCGGUUCUUUCAGCAAAGUCCCCCCUGAGCUCUUUCACCAUAUCCUUAAAUUCCUGUCCUCAGAGGACCUUAUUUCUUGUUCCUUGGUCUGUAGGUUUCUAAAUUAUGCAGCAUCCGAUGAAGCAUUGUGGCGUCGAUUGUACUGUAUGCGAUGGGGUCUUCUUCCCCCUACAAGAAAGUUAAGGGAAUGUCCAUGGAAAAAGUUAUAUAUUCAGCGUGAUGAAGAGGAUAUGGUUGAACUUGUCAGAAACUGCCAAAAUGAGUUUAAGGAGUAUUACAUUCAAAUGCAAGCAGCUAAGCGGAGUCAAGCCCCUCAUCCUUCGCAGGUGAAGGACGACAGAAUAAUCCUUGACAAAACAUUAGCUGAUCAAGUGUCAUCAUGGAAAAGCAGCAAGGGACUCAGCGAUGCAGUGGUAACUGAUCAUGCUUGUUCUGGGGAAACAUGCUCUUACUAUGAAAUCGGAGAUGUAUUUAUUUGUGAGAAGACCGGGCAAGUUCAUGUUUGUGAUGAGACUUGUAGAGAAGUAAUCAUGGAUCCCACCAAUGAGCUUUUGGUCUGUACAAUAUCAGGGCACUGUUUCGAUAGAUUUCUGUCACCGUCCGAGAUGGAGCCGGAUACUGAACAGCAGCAAGGUGGUGCAACUGAUGAGGCAGAACCAUUUAUGGGGUCGGGCCGUUUUGCAAGAGCUUAUACGCUGGGAUACAAUUGUGCUGAUGAGAAGGAGCUGGCAGCAACUUUAAGGUUUUGCUGAUUCCUCACUUUGUUCUCUUCUCGGUGGAUGCUCCAAUGUCACAUUUAGAUCCUAUUAAAAUAUUUCAGUGGUGUAGAUUAUAAAACCCAUUUUAAAUUUCGUGUAAUAGUCUUAUCA